GAUGAUCCAUUUGUACCCCCAAAUCCUCUUCAGAAAGAGUGAAUAGACUAUCUAUAUAAUAUACAAUCAAUAUACGAAAUAGAGAUGACAUAAUAAUUCGACGUUAAAAUAAGUAUAAACUAAAGUAAAUAAUUUUAGUUUUGUUAGUAGUUUCGCAACAUAUAGAAAACUGAAAAUGUUGCAAAGCGGUAAAAUUUAUUUAUAAUUAAUCCUCUUUCCUUCUUUACAGUCAAUCAAAGCAUUAUAUCAUCAAUCAAAGAUGGCUGACGAUCAACUUCAAGUACAUAAUGUCUUAUUCGACAGUCCACUCCCCACUGAUCAACCAAUCAUCAUUGGUGAUAACCAAAUUGUUGAAAACAUUGAAAGUAUCUAUAAUUCCAAGGUGUUUAAGGUUUUAUUUCAAGCCUAUAUGGGUUUAUUAUUAUGUCAAUAUAUCUCUGUUUAUGCUUGUGUUCCAUUUGAUGAUAUCGACAAUAGACCUUCUAUUUGCAUCAUAACUGGGAUUUUCAUCUUUAUCCUGUUUGGAAUCAAUGCUUGUUUAUUACCAACUUGUUCAGCAACCAUUCCAUCUAUUUUCUCCUUCAGAUGCAUCUUAUUUUCAGCCUUUUUAGAAUUCAUUGGUAUAAUCCUUAAUGUUUUAUGUGUGGUAUCUACUCUUAAUGUUAAAGAAAUGUUUCUGUAUGAAUAUGAUAGUCAAACUAAAUUAACUGAAAAGACUAAUGUGACUACAUAUAUUCAAAUUAUUUCAAUAUUAUGUUUGGUUUUAAGUUGUUUGACGUUUGUGGUGUUAUUCUUAAAUGCAGUUGUUACUGCUCAAUCGUUAAAGAAUUUGGUCAAUAGAAUCGAUAGAAGAGAAAAGUAUCAAGAAAAGCAAAUUCAAAGGCAAUUCUCUUAUCCUCGUCAUGGUCGGUUAUACAACUACUGAUGUUCAAAAAAAAUUAGAUUAAUUAAUAUAAAUAUAUUUAUUAGUACAACAUUAUU